AUGAAUGAAAAACCUAAAGAAGUGAUGAAUGAUAAUAAAGAAAACGAAACAAAUUCACCUCAAACAGAAGAAGACGAAAAACUUCCGUUAUCUUUUCGAAUCUCACUUGCAAGAUACAAAUUAUCUAACAAUGUUGAAAAAAUUUGUAAAUUCUUAGAAGAAGUUGCAGAAAAAGGAAAUCAAAAAAUGAUUACAAGAGCAAUUGAAGAAGGGCUUUGUGAUAAGUUUGACCCAAAUGGCUUAAAAGUGAUUCAUCUAGCAGGCGAAAAAGGAAACCUCAAACUUGUUAAAUCUCUCAUUGAAUGUGGUAUUGAUAAAGAUCAAUUGACGCGCUAUGGACAGACUCCACUUGUUCGCGCAUCAGCUUAUGGCCAACUUGAAGUUGUUAAGUAUCUUGUUUCACUUGGAGCUGAGAAACAUAAAGAUGCACUCUAUUUUGCAGCAUAUGAAGGUCAUCUUGAAGUUGUUAAAAUAUUAGUUACUGUUGGAAAACAUCGAGUUAACGAAAGUAAAUGGGGUCUUACUCCAAUCAUUGCGGCAUCACAACGAGGUCAGCUUGAAGUUGUUAAAUAUCUUAUCUCUGUUGGAGCUAGAAUACAAUUGAAUGAUUAUGAUGAAUAUUCUGCAAUCGUUUGGGCGGCAGGAAAUGGUCAUCUUGAAGUCGUAAAAUAUCUUGUCUCAAUUGGAGGCGACUAUAAUGCUAAGGAGCAUAGUGGAAGAACAGCACUCUCGGUUGCUAAAGGUAAAGUCAGAGAAUAUCUAUUAUCUAUUGGAGCUGUAUAA